AUGGAUUUUGACGAUGUUUUGCCACAUAUUGGUGGCUAUGGUAGAUACCAAAUAUUUUUCUUUUCGUUUAUAGUAAUUCCUUCGAAUAUUUUAUCGGGAUUUGGAUAUAUUAAUUUUUUAUUCGUAUCUGGAAUUCCCGAUCAUUGGUGUUUCGUUCCAGAAUUACAGUUCCUAUCGUUGGAAUUGCAAAAAAAUUUAAGUAUACCGACGGAAGAGGUUGAUGGAACCAGGCGUUACAGUAAAUGCCUAAUGUUUGAUGUCAAUUAUACGCAAAUUUUACAAUACUAUAAUAAUAGCCGACGUAAUUGGCCAAAAGUUAAAUGCCGACACGGAUGGAAUUACGAGAGAUCCGUCUAUGACACUACGCUGAUUUCCGAGAUGAAUAUUGUUUGCGAUAGAAGUUGGAUGUCGACUCUUGCUAAUUCUGCAUAUUAUAUUGGAGGAAUCAUAGGAAGUCUUUGGUUCGGUUAUAUGGGAGAUAAAUGGGGUAGAAAACCGGCAUACAUUACAGCAGUUGUCUUCUACUUAGGAGCCAGCGUUUUAUCUUGUUUUCCUACAAACUACGCUGCUUAUAUACUUUAUCGGGGUCUGGUUGGUGUUACGUUUCCUGCAUCCUUUCAGAUUCCUUUAGUAAUUGUUAUGGAAAUCAUGUCUCCAGAUAAAAGAACAAGAGAUGGAAUGCUGAGCAAUAUAUACUUUUCUGUAGGAUUGGCACUGACAGCAGGGAUUGCAUAUAUUUUAAGAAAGUGGUUUACCAUAGCUUUGGCAACUUCUCUACCAUUGCUUUUCCUCUGUAUCACGUUUUUUUUUGUUGCAGAAUCUCCCAGAUGGUUAAUUAGUAAAAAUCGCUACGAAGAAGCCGAGAACGUUGUUCAAAAAAUCGCAAAGUAUAACGGAACGAAAAUCGAAAAAAAUUUCUUAAAAAUGCAUUUGUUUUCAGGGAAAGAUGAGAGGAAAGAAAUAAAAGAAGCAAAUCACUCCUAUUUAGAUUUGUUUAGAUAUCCGACAAUGAGGAAAAAUUUCAUUAUCCUUACCAUCGACUGCAUUAUCAUAAGUCUAGCAUAUCCGGUCCUUUCGUUUGGAGUUUCUUUAUUGAACAUCAACGAAUAUCUAGCAUCUGCCACAUCCUCGCUAGUGGAAAUUCCAGGUAUCAUCUUCUCUUGGAUAAUUAUGGAAAAAAUUGGUCGAAUGUGGUCCAUGGUUGUAACAAUGAGUUUGGGUGGACUCUCCUGUCUUUGCGUUUCACUCUUUUCUUUGGAUUAUGUAUGGACGAUCAACAUAUUGACAAAUUUGGGUAAAUUCUUCAUUUCCGGAGCCUGGGCUAUCGUUUAUAUAUACGGGUGCGAGUUGUUUCCCACGGAUCUACGUAAUUCAGCCAUUUCUGCCACCUCUCUCCUAGCAAAUGCUGCUAGCAUCGCAUCUCCUUACGUCCUAAUGCUUAAGAACGUGGAUCAGAUGUUACCUUUCGUCUUGGUGGGGGUUAUAUCGUUGAUAUCGGCUUUGUUAACAUUACUCUUACCUGAGACAAAGGAUAAGCAUCUUCCUCAAACUAUAGCUGAAAGUGAAAUGUUAAGAUUUUGA